UGCCGCUGGGCCGGUGGCCCGCAGGAACACUGGUACCCCCACACCUCUCACUUCCCAGCCCCAGCAGCCACUUUAAGCCCAGCCUGCGUCAGUCCCUUCCGUGCAGGCGACAGUGCUCGCUGUGAUGCUGGAAAGCUGCAGGUAAGUUGUGACUUGGGUGCCCACCGUCUGAGCAAGCCACAGGCUCUCUUCAGUCUUGCGUUCCUGAAUAUCCGUUCCUCCCUGUUCUUUUUCCUUCCAGCAGUCCUGGGGGGUGUGUGUGUGCAUGUCUUCCUCCUUGUUCUCGUCUCUGUCUGACGUGCUCAGUAACACGGGGAAGAAUCAUUUGUGUUUGAACAGUACCAAGGUGUCGAUGUCCCGCUGGUUUCUCUCAUCCAUGGCCAGGUGCACGUUCACCACCACACAAUUCCCCUGCAGCCCACGCCAUUCAUUUCUCCUCCCAGGGUAGUGCCAGUCCCCACGCUCCUUCCAUGCUUCCCCCUCCAUGCCCGCCUGCUUCUCUCAGCUCCAGGUACUCUCCGUAAGGAACUCUUCCCAACGCACCCACUCUCUGGAAGCCUCGCCGUGUCUUUGUCUCGUCUCUGGGAGAAGCUUUUGACCUUUCCAAAUGGACGCUUUUUCAAUCUUCUGUGAUAGGAUGGGGCUUUGGGUCCUUAGGGAGGUUGGGAACGUCCCAAUUUUAAAAUUAUUGCACAGAAAAGUAAGGAAAUUAAACGCAGUCACUGGAUUGAUUUGUAUGAGUUGGAAGGACUGUUCAUUUCAGCUCAAAUUGUUUUUUACUAGAUCUAGGACUGUGUCCUAUUGUUUUAAGCUGGUGUUUUAUAAGCUAUCAGAUGUAUCAAACCUUCUGAAGUACUUGCAAAUUAAGCCCCGUGUUGUGGGUCUGUUUUGUUGGCUUUGUGCUCCUGCAGUAGGUUUUUUAACGCUGCCAGGCCCAGCUGCUUGGAAACUGUUUGUCAGGCUCCCAAAAUCACACUCAAUGUAAUCGCAACUGUUAUUUUUAAUCAUCCGUUUCACUGUGUUUCUGGUGGUUGAAUGCUUAGGAGUCAGUUCCCCAAGUUAUCCCUACAGGGAGGGCAACAGAGGCACCUUUCAGUCCUCUGUCUCCCCGGGCCGCGGGGGGAGCUGGUGCUGGAUGGCAACCAGAAGCCUUGCCAGGAAGCCGUGGGCUUCGGCAACCCUGGUGCUCGUUUUCCUGCCCGUGUUGUGCCGCUGUGGAGCUUUGCUGGUGGCGUGACUGGUCUCUGGGGCUGGCCUGGCCUGCUCCUGGCGAGGGCACAGGGGGGAUGAGGGCGAAGCAGGAUGUCCAUGGCUGGGCCCUGGGACAGUGGGGCCAGGAGGUGGUGGUUUGCAGCUGGGUGGCCAGUCUCUGGUGCCCUGGGCUCUCUACAAACCCUUCCCUGGACCUUCUUUAGGUUGCUAAGGCUUCCCAAAUUUCUAGGGCGAGCAGAGAACUGGUGUUGCUAAUUACCCUGCUGUCAGACAUGUAUCAUUUCCACCAUGUUCAGUGGAGUGAGGCCAGUGGACAGUAGGAUAUGGUCCGUAUGCAUCUGCUGUUCCUCUCUCCAUCUUACUGUCUUUUAUUUUAGCUUCCCCCCAGCUUCUCUUCCCCCAGGCAAGGACAGCAGAUGCACACAUCUGCUUUCAGGAGCUACGUCCUUGUGGGGUAGGAGCAAACAAAGCCUGUCAUCAUGGGGGUCGGACUAGAUGACCUUUAAAGGUCCCUUCCAACCCAACACAUUCUAUGAUUCUAUGAUCUCAGGGAAGUAAAUCAAAGCUGGGGCUCUGCCAAAGCCUAGCAUUUCAAAGUCCACAACAGCUCCAGGCUGCCCUGCAGCAAGCCACCAUGAGGUGUGGGCAAGCCUUUGGCCUCCCCGUCAGCUGAGGAAAGCAUCUUCUCUCUCAGCUCAGUGGGAAGAAAGCACGUCCUCCUCUGUGUCACCAGUUCAGACUGAAUACAAGAUGGGAAACGGAUUUAGAAACUGGGAUGUGGUGGUGAUGUUGCUUGCCAGCCUGUGUGUCAAGGCAGGUCUUCUCAGCAUGAGCACCGCUGGUGGCGGUAAUGUCUCUCCUCCUUGGGAUGCGGGGACGGGACUGGUGGGACACUUGGCAAUGGGCGAGACCAGGGACUGAGGGAACUACAGGCUCCGUCUGCACCCAGCACCCAGGGUGGGAGCGCGGCGAGUUCAUCCACGCCUCUGUGCUGUGAGGAUGCGGGAGAUGCACGGAGCUGGGGAAGGGGAGGAAAAGAGAGAUGGGCCGUUAGUAUGGUCGCAGCGUUUUAAUCUCUCACACGUACCUGUCUAAUGAACCUUGAGUUCUGCUGCCGUCUUUUCCAGCAGCAAGCCAAAGGAGGCAAAGCCAAACAAAACAGGCCAGGCCUUGUUUUUAAUCCUUCUCUACUUUUACACCGUGUCGGGGCAGUUGAGAAAGACGGGAUGGGAUGAGGCGGAUGUGUACAGAAGGUGGAGGGAAGGUGUCUGUAGUUGCAUCUGUCUUUUCUUCCCUGCCUCUCUCUGCUCUCUUCCCCCCUGCUUUCUUUCUCUCUCUUUCCUUUUUCGUCUGUGUCUUGUGUUUUACAGUGUUGCCUGUUUGGAGGAAGGAAUUGUGUCCUCGCAGCACCCUUCUGCUCCCUACCCGGACAUCUCUGCUAGGAGACCUGGGGACGCCCAGCCCGUGCCUGAGCGUGGAGUGCACCUUCGGGGCCACCUGCGUGGUGAAGAACCAGGAGGCCGUGUGCGAGUGCCAGCAGGUGUGCCAGGGCCGCUACGACCCCGUCUGCGGCAGCGACAACCGCACCUACGGCAACCCCUGCGAGCUCGACUCCAUGGCCUGCGUCCUCAAGAGGGAGAUCAAAGUGAAACACAAGGGGCCCUGCGACCGUUGUGGCAAGUGCCAGUUUGGGGCCAUCUGCGAGGCGGAGACGGGACGGUGCGUGUGCCCCACGGAGUGCGUCCCCUCCUCGCAGCCCGUGUGCGGCACAGAUGGCAACACGUACGGCAGCGAGUGCGAGCUCCACGUCCGGGCCUGCACGCAGCAGACGAACAUUUUGGUGGCUGCCCAAGGAGACUGCAAGUCCUGCGGCAGCACGGUGUGCUCCUUCGGCAGCAAGUGCGUGGGUGGGCAGUGCGUGUGCCCGCGCUGCGAGAGGCAGCCCUUCGCUCCGGUCUGCGGGACUGACGGCCUCACCUACGACAACCAGUGCGAACUGCAGGUGGCCUCCUGCCAGCAGAAGAGGAGCAUUGAGGUUGCCAGGAUGGGGCCAUGUGAGGAUGAGUGCGGCUCAGGGGGCUCAGGCUCCGGCGACGGUAGCGAGUGUGAACAGGAUCGGUGCCGGCAGUUCGGAGGCUGGUGGGACGAGGAUGCAGAGGAUGACCGCUGUGUGUGUGACUUCACUUGCCUGACGGUGCCGCGCAACCCGGUGUGUGGCUCCGAUGGUGUGACCUACACCAACGAGUGUGAGCUGAAGAAGACACGGUGUGAAAAACGCCAGGAUCUCUAUGUCACUAGCCAAGGAGCCUGCCGUGCUCUGGCAACAACCCCACCGCCUCUCCUGGUUGUGCACUGCAGCCAGACCAUCUAUGGAUGCUGUCCAGACAACAUGACCUUGGCGCUCGGAGUGGGCGCAGCUGGAUGCCCAAGCACCUGCCAGUGCAACCCCUACGGCUCCUACGGGGGAGCCUGCGACCCCGCAACGGGGCAGUGCUCCUGCAAGCCAGGCGUGGGGGGCCUGAAGUGCGACCGCUGCGAGCCCGGCUUCUGGAAUUUCCGUGGCAUCGUCACCGACAGCAAGAGCGGCUGCACACCCUGUAACUGCGACCCCGUGGGCUCAGUGCGCGAUGACUGUGAGCAGAUGACUGGACUGUGCUCCUGCAAGACUGGUAUCACUGGCAUGAAAUGCAACCAGUGCCCCAACGGCAGCAAACUGGGCAUGACUGGCUGUGAGAAAGACCCGUCAGCCCCAAAAUCCUGUGAAGAAAUGAGCUGUGAGUUUGGGGCCUCGUGUGUGGAAGUCAACGGCUUUGCCCACUGCGAGUGCCCGUCCCCGCUCUGCUCGGAGGCCAACAUGACCAAGGUGUGUGGCUCUGACGGUGUCACUUAUGGGGACCAGUGCCAGCUGAAGACCAUCGCCUGCCGGCAGGGACAAGUCAUCACAGUGAAGCAUGUGGGGCAGUGCCACGAGUCCAUCACUCACACAAGCCACACCUCGCCACCCACACCGCUGCCCACGCUGCCCUUGGACAAGCUAAUCCUUCCUCCGCCACUGCGGCUCACCACCCGGGCUCCAGAACCCACCGAGCUGGCUACCAGCUCCCUGCUGUUGGAAGCCAGGCCUACUGAAAGAGAUCAGGCCACAACAAGGCGCGUCACAACUGCCAGACCAGCCACUACGCCGUGGAUGACCCAUGGGGUGUAUAAGAGCACCGUCCGCCCUCUCUCCACCGCACCAGUGGUCCUGGCCACCACCCAGCCACCCUUCGUGGAAUCGGGCAGUGCAGAAGGUAGUGGAGACCAAGAGAUGGGCAUCAGCGGAGACCAGGAAUCCAGUGGGGCAGGCUCUGCUGGGGAAGAGGAGGUGGAGGAAAGCCAGGUAACUUCCACCCCAGCCGUCGAGAGGGCGACGUGUUACAACACCCCGCUGGGAUGCUGCUCUGAUGGCAAGACCGCGGCUGUUGAUGCGGAAGGCAGCAACUGUCCGGCUACCAAAGUCUUCCAAGGAGUCCUCAUCUUGGAGGAGGUGGAAGGCCAGGAGCUGUUCUACACGCCUGAGAUGGCUGACCCCAAGUCAGAGCUCUUUGGGGAGACGGCCAGGAGCAUUGAGAGCGCGCUGGAUGAGCUUUUCCGCAAUUCUGACGUUAAGAAGGAUUUCAAGAGCAUCCGUGUCCGAGACCUGGGGCAGAGCAGCGCUGUCCGUGUCAUUGUGGAGUCCCACUUUGACCCUGCCACUUCCUACACGGCAGCUGAUGUCCAAGGAGCCCUGCUGAAGCAGAUCAAAGCUUCCAAGAAGAAGACCAUCCUGGUGAAGAAGCCCCAGCAGGAGCAUGUCAAAUUCAUGGAUUUUGACUGGAUCCCCAGGCUUUUCACCACCACCGUGACCACGACCACGGCCACCACCAUGGCACCCGCCACCACACGGAGGUACACCACAGCCGCCGCUGCCACCACCGUUCACGUCCUGCGCCCAGAAGCCGCGGGCCGACCCAACGCCAAGAUGGCAGGAGCUGGGAGCACCAGGAGACCCACCUCCACCCUCCCGGCCACCACCCGGCGGAAACCCACGCGUCAUCCCCCCACCACGAGGAAACCCUCGCGUCCCUGCGACUCUCACCCCUGCCUGCACGGUGGCACGUGUGAGGAUGACGGGAAGGAAUUCACCUGCAGCUGCCCAGCAGGCAAAGGGGGAGCCGUCUGUGAAAAACCUAUCAGGUACUUCAUCCCCAGCUUCGGUGGCAAGUCCUACCUGGCCUUCAAGAUGAUGAAGGCGUACCACACCGUGCGCAUCGCCAUGGAGUUCAGGACCGUGGAGCUCAGCGGGCUCCUGCUCUACAACGGGCAGAACCGAGGCAAGGACUUCAUUUCCCUGGCGCUGGUGGGCGGCUUCGUGGAGCUCAGGUUUAACACCGGCUCUGGCACGGGCAUCAUCACCAGCAAGGUCCGCGUUGAGCCUGGCAAGUGGCACCAGUUAGUGGUGAACCGCAAUCGCCGCAGCGGCAUGCUGUCUGUCGACGGGGAGCCCCACGUCAGUGGGGAGAGCCCCACGGGCACCGACGGGCUCAACCUCGACACAGACCUCUUCAUCGGGGGAGCGCCGGAGGACCAAAUGGCUGUGGUGGCAGAUCGUACUGCGGCUACAACCGGCCUGAAGGGCUGCAUCCGCCUCCUGGACGUGAACAACCAGAUGUACGACCUGCGGGAGAAAGGCAGUGAUGUGCUGUAUGGCAGCGGGGUGGGCGAGUGCGGCAACGACCCCUGUCACCCCAACCCCUGCCACCAUGGUGGCAUCUGCCAUGUCAAGGAGGCAGAGAUGUUCCACUGCGAGUGUCUCUACACCUACACCGGCCCAACGUGUGCUGACGAGAAGAAUCCCUGUGACCCUACGCCCUGCCACGUCUCUGCCACCUGCCUGGUGCUGCCAGAGGGAGGUGCCUUGUGCGCCUGUCCCAUGGGCCGGGAAGGAGACUUCUGCGAGCUAGUGACAGAGCAGGACCACACCAUGCCCUUCCUCCCGGAGUUCAAUGGCUUCUCCUACCUGGAGCUGAAUGGGCUGCAGACCUUCGUUCCUGACCUGCAGGACAAAAUGUCCAUGGAAGUUGUGUUCCUGGCCAAGAACCCCAGCGGCAUGAUCUUCUACAAUGGGCAGAAGACAGAUGGCAAAGGGGACUUUGUCUCUCUGGCCUUACACGAUGGCUACCUGGAGUACAGAUACGACCUGGGCAAAGGGGCUGCUGUGCUCAGGAGCAAAGAGCCGGUUCCCCUCAACACCUGGAUAAGCGUCUUGUUGGAGAGGAAUGGGCGCAAAGGGGUAAUGCGGAUCAACAACGGCGAGAGGGUGAUGGGAGAGUCACCGAAAUCCCGUAAGGUGCCUCACACCUUCCUGAACCUGAAGGAGCCAUUUUACGUUGGGGGAGCCCCUGAUUUCAGCAAGCUAGCUCGAGCAGCCGCCAUCUCCACCAGCUUCGAUGGAGCUGUGCAGAGGAUCUCCAUCAAGGGGGUGCCUGUGCUGAAGGAGCAGAACAUCCGCAGCGCCAUUGAGAUCUCCCCCUUCCGAGGCCACCCCUGUACCCGAAAACCCAAUCCUUGCCAGAACGGAGGCACUUGCAGCCCCCGGUUAGAGAGCUACGAGUGUGCCUGCCAGCGGGGCUUCUCCGGGGCUCACUGCGAGAAAGUGAUCAUUGAGAAGGCUGCCGGAGACGCAGAGGCCAUUGCUUUUGAUGGUAGGACAUAUAUGGAGUACCACAAUGCCGUGACAAAGAGCGAGAAGGCCUUGCAAUCGAACCACUUUGAACUAAGCAUCAAAACAGAAGCCACGCAGGGGCUGAUCCUGUGGAGCGGGAAAGGGCUGGAGCGCUCAGACUACAUCGCCCUCGCCAUCGUGGAUGGCUUCGUACAAAUGACCUACGAUCUCGGCUCCAAGCCAGUCGUCCUACGAUCCACGGUCCCAGUCAACACCAACCAGUGGAUUCAUAUCAAAGCGUACAGGGUACAGAGAGAAGGCUCCCUUCAAGUCGGCAAUGAAGCCCCCAUCGCUGGCUCUUCUCCGCUUGGUGCGACACAGCUAGAUACAGACGGGGCCCUGUGGCUGGGGGGAAUGGAGAAGCUGAGCGUGGCUCACAAGCUGCCCAAGGCCUACAGCACCGGCUUUAUUGGCUGCAUAAGGGACGUGAUUGUCGACCGCCAAGAACUGCAUCUGGUGGAGGACGCUUUAAACAACCCCACGAUAUUACACUGCUCAGCCAAAUAGACCCCCAGGGACCCUUCCUUCUCCUUCCCUCCCUCCUGCCUAUUGCUGUAAUUAUUUUCUAUUUUUGUAAACUUAUUGCUUUUUAUAUUUUGGGGGGGAAGGGGGGAAAGGGAGGGGAGGAAACACCGUUUCUUUUGGGUUAUUUGUUCGGUUGCAGUCUAUCCAGGUCAGUCAGACUCUUAUAAUCAAACAGCAGCAACAAAGAACAAACCUUGAACCAAGUCUCCAAGAAGUGACAGAAGAACUUCCCCGUUGCACCUGCAUUGUAAAUCUUAUUCAUACUUGAAGCUUCUUUUUUUUUUUUUUCUUUUGGGGGGGGGGGAGGUGGGGGAAGUUGUUUUUCUCUCUCCUUACUUGCGUUCUUGGGUUGUUGUUCAUGCCUGCGGGGGGAAGGGAUGCUGGUGCUGGCGAGAUGCGUGGCCUUCGUGGAUUCACCGCCUUCCCAUCUCGGGCCUGGCCCCCAAAGCCCCCUCUGCGGUGCUGGGUGAGCAGGGCAGUGGCCAUCAGAGAAGUGGGAAUCGCCACCCUGCCGAGCCUUCUCCUGGCCCCGUGUUCACCCUGUCUCCCUCCUCCCCCCCCGCCCUUCCUCUCACUAUAAUUUAUGUGUGUAAGGAUCUCAAGUGCUUUUCUCCUUUAUGCUCUGUUAAAAUCAGGGAUGCCAUGCACUGGAAGAGAGACCAAGGUCUGCUCUGAGCAGGCAGAGAAGCAUUGCUCUUUGGUUGUCUUAUGACUGUUUGCUGGACUGAGAGGUGCUGUGGGGGGACACGUUGAUUUCUCUGUUGGCUCUCCUCCUCCUCCUCCUCUUGGACACGUGCAGAAGCAGCUGUGAAACCUCAUUUCCACGCUUUGUGUUUAUCCAGACAUGUCCUAACCACCUGCUUGCCCUGGCUGCUCUUCCCAAGAGCUUCUGUGUACCAAGCGUUGCCCUCCCGGGCGCUGGGGAGAACUUGCAGCGCGUCUUCAAGAGCUGGAAGUCCUCUCCCUCUUCCAGCGCCGUCAAAUGGGCUGCGAGGCCACAGGGAAUGGGUCCCUUUUCACUUUAAAAAAAAGAAAAAAAAAUAAUCUGUUGGAUGUGUCCUUCCAUGACCCACGUCCGUUUUCCAGCCUCCGGGCACGACUUGUCCCCUCUAUCUGCCAUGAGGACAUUUGCCAGCACGUGGGUCUCUGUAGAGCUGGUAUUAGAGCCUCUCCCGUGAAGAGUAAUUGGAGUUUAUUGGAGCAAUUGGACUUUAAAUUGGUGGUUUUUUUUUUUUUUUUUUUGCAAUGUCCAGUGCAAUGCAGGGUCUUCCACGCCGGGAUCAAAGCUCCUCCGGAGGCUGCCAGCCCAGCAGCAAGAGCUGAAAUGGGGCGUGAGGCAGGAGCGUUGGGGAGGAGGGUUGUGUGUGUUGUGUUUUGUUUUGUUUUGUUUUUUUUUUUAAAGUAUUUUCUUCCUCCAUGCAAAUCUUGAAAGCAAAUACCGUGGUGCCAGUUACAAAGCCAGUGUGUGUGUUCCGGAAUGAAUGUCUGGGUGGUUGGGAGCGUCUGUCAAUGGGCCCCGCGUUUGCGUGCGAAAACGGAAUCUCCUGGAAGCAGGAGAAGAACAAAUGGAUUGUAGCUGCGAAAGGAACGACCCGCUCCAUUCAGCUUCCUUCUCCAUGGGAAGAAUCUACUGAUGCCGCGUGGCAUCUGUGUCCCUUCCUACCACUGGGACACAACUGUGUCCCUUUUCCCCCCCCUGGGAUGGCAGUUGGCAUUGCUCUGUGUUAAACCAGCCGUUACGGACCGUGCGGAAUUAAUCUGAAGGAUCCCGCCAGGUAACAAGUGUUAAUUAAUAUCCAGGGUGCCAUCACUUUGCAGUUUCGCCAUAGAUUUCUAGCAGGCCGUGUGGGGUACCUUUACAAAGUAGCGCGCCCUUUGCAAAUGUCGUUUCUUGGCACUAAAUUCAGAGCCGUGGAAAGUCAAAUUACUUUUCUCAGGGUGAGCUCAGGACACAGGCGUGACAAAGGGGAAGAACGUAGUGUAAAACCACUUGGGUUGCUUUUUUCUUCUUUUUUUUUUUCUUUUUUUUUUUUUUUUUAAUUAAAAGGAAUCUAUCCCCCUUCUCCCCGGUCUAUGCCUAUUGACAUUCCUCUAAAAAUCCAGUGGUUAAAUAUUGCACGGGGGGCUGCGCCCUCUGUGCGAUGGAGCCUCCGGGGGGGGGGUGGUGGUGGGGGGGUGUGUUCGUGUGGCAAUACCACAUUUUUGGUGGCUACUGUACAUAAAUUGUGGCUCCUGGUGGGGAGUGCUGUGACUGUGUCGUGAGAGGGACGGCCUGCUGUAUUUUGAUGGCCAGGUGUAGAUAGACGGGGGCUAAUUAGGACCAUGGGAAGGGAGGGAAGCGGGAGACCCUCCAUCUGUGUUUGGAGGACGCAAGUUCUUGCCGGGCCAUGCAACCGCGUUGGCUGAGACUUGAGGGCUCCGGAGGGAGAGGGGCAAGCGCAGAGGAAGCUGCUAAUUUUUCUAGGAUGCCACUGAAAUGAAGCCAGGCUCACCGCGAGGAGAAGAAAAAAAAAAAAAAAAAAGACCAAAAAAAAAACCAAACCCGAACCACCAACUAAACAAAUAAAACUCUGUCUGCUUUUGCUGGGGCUUGGAAAUGCCUUAAAACAGGACCCCGCGUCCUCGUUGUCGAGCAUCUUGAACCAAGGUCAGAUUCAGCAGUGCUCCCUAGGGGCUGUGCACUUAACUUCGGCUUUAUUUUUAAUAGCAUUUAUAACAUGUAUGUACGAAAAAAAAAAAAAAAAAAAGAAGACAUUGAGGUUUGUUGUUGGUUUUUUCCCUGGGUUUUUUUUUUUUGCUUUUUUUUUUUUUAAAAAAAAAGGUGUCCAUGUGGCUUCAUUUAUAGGGUAAAUUAAUGACCAUUGUGAACUGCUGUACGAAUUCUGAAGGGCAAUGCACAGUAGAGGAGCAGCAUGAUAUAACCAUUACUAACUUGUGUCUUUCGUCAAUCACCAUGAAAUAAAGUUUG